AUGCAGGCGAUUAAGUGCGUCGUUGUUGGUGAUGGUAAUGUGGGUAAAAUGUGUAUGAUGACAACUUAUACGAAAAGAGUGUUUCCUGUUGAAUACAGCCCAAUUGUAUUUGAUGAGUACCCAGUAAAUUUAAUGGUUGAUGGGAAACCAGUGAGCCUUGGUUUAUGGGAUAUCGCUGGACAAGAAAAUUUCGAUGCACUUAGGCGAUUGUCAUAUUCACGAACUGAUGUAUUUAUUAUUUGUUUUUCACUUGUCAAUCCAGCAAGUUUUGAAAAUGUUAAAGCUAAAUGGUAUGCGGAUGUUAGUCGUCAUUGUCCAGCAACACCAAUAAUACUUGUUGGUACAAAACUUGAUUUACUUGAAGAUAAAGAAACUAUUAAAAAAUUAAAAGAUAAAAAACUUGCACCAAUAACUUAUCCACAGGGUCUUGCAAUGGCCGAAGAAAUUGGAGCAGCUAAAUAUCUGGAAUGCUCAGCAUUUACAAAAGAAGGCCUGGAUGCUGUUUUCGAUCAAGCAGCACGUGCUGUACUUUGCCCAGAACAAAAAAUGCUCUACUGA